AUGCCGUUGGAUUUCUUAAAUAGCACGCCUCUUGAGCUAGCCAAUGUUAUGAAAGAGCAAGGAGUCAAGGCUGAUUAUGUCUUCUUCUUUUCAUAUGUCCAACCCGAGCCGAAAGAUGGCGGUGGGAUAUGGUCCGCUGCAGACGAGCUAGUAAGGGUCAACACGGCGAUGCUUUCUAACUUCUUAGAGGCACUGAAACUUGCGGAAAUUACACCCAAGCGAGUCAUGCUGCAAACUGGUGCUAAAAAUUACGGCCUCCACCUUGGCCCAACUAUGACGCCGCAAAGAGAAAGCGAUCCACGAGUCUUGUUAGAACCAAAUUUCUACUAUACCCAAGAAGAUGUCCUCUUCAAAUACUGCAAAGAAACUGGUGCUGGCUGGAAUGUGGUCAUGCCGUCUUUCAUUUUGGGCGCUGUCAAAGAUGCGGCCAUGAACAUGAUGUACCCGCUGGGUAUCUUUGGUGCUGUCCAGGCGUAUCUAGGAAGACCCCUUGUAUUUCCAGGCGAUCUUGCAUCAUAUAUGAUGCCCCUCGACCUUUCAUCUGCAACUCUAAACAGCUACCUUGAGGAAUGGGCCGUUUUAACACCGAACGCCGUGAACCAGGCAUUCAAUGCUUCCGAUAACAGCGCUUUCAGUUGGGCGGCAUUUUGGCCCAUGUUUGCUAGUUGGUAUGGUGUAUCAUAUCAAGUACCUGAGGACGAAAAUGCAGAGUACAUUUCGAUUCCCACUCAAUACGAGCCGCCGCCAAGAGGAUUCGGGCCAAGGGGCACAAUUCGUUUGAAAUACGCACUUACUCAGUGGGCGACAGAUCCUGAGGUUCAGGAAGCAUGGAAGGCACUAACUCAGAGAUAUGAUUUACAGUCUAACCCAUUCCAAUGUGGGAAGGAUAUCAAUCGAAUCUUUAGUUUUGCGGAUAAUGCGCUGCUUAUCGCGUGGCCGCUCCAGUUCAGUCGGAGCAAGGGUCAUAAACUUGGCUGGUUUGGGGCGGUGGACACUCUAGAGUCCAUGAGACAGAUCCUAGACGAGUUUGUUGAGCUCCAGAUGCUUCCACCACUUCCAACCUUGAAAAUGUAA